AUGUCUGGAAGACCGGGAGGCAACUCGCGCGGCCGUGGCGGCAAAUUUAAGAAGUUCACGCGUGGAGGCGGCAGACACUUUUCUCGAGACCUCCAACCCAUAGAUAACGAAGACUACAAGAAGGAAGAGGAGGACUCUGAAGAGGACUCGGAGGAAGGGAGCUCCGAAGAGGAACAGGAGCGGAAGCCCAGGCCACCCAAGAAGAGCCGCGAGCAGCUGAAGGCAGAGAAGAAGGCCGCCAAGGCAGCUGCGGCGGCCAAGGCAAAGGCCCCGCCCAAGCCCCAGCCCGGUGAUAUGCCUCCGAGCGAGUCUUCGGAGGAGGAAGACGAUGAGGAGGAGAGCGAGGAGGAGUCUUCUGAGGAUGAGGCCAAGGCGAAGCAGGCUGCUGCCGCUGCCGCCGCCAAGAAGGCAAGCGCGCCUGUCAAGAAGUAG